UUGCGUGCUAGGAGAGAGUUCGUGCACCAUAUUCCAUCGAGGAGAGAGCUACAGUAGUAGUUCGGUGACUGCGGAGACAGCGAUUUUGGCAACAUGGGUGACGUUGUGGGGAUUAUUAUUACUAACGGAUUUUAAUUGGGAACUACCGGGAAAAUGGCAGAGAGGUUGGAGUGGGUGGAGAUCAUAGAGCCACGCACGCGGGAACGCAUGUAUGCCAACCUCCUCACCGGAGAGUGUGUGUGGGACCCCCCUCAAGGGGUACGUAUUAAGAGGACAGGGGACAACCAGUGGUGGGAGCUGUUUGACCCCAACACCUCCCGCUUCUACUACUACAAUGCUUCCACGCAACGCACUGUCUGGCACCGCCCUCAGGCCUGUGACAUCAUCCCCCUCGCCAAGCUACAGACGCUGAAGCAGCACACGGAUGUUCCCUGCCCGGUAGGGGGAGGGACAGGGGGAGAAAGAGGGGGGAGGACGUCAGCUGAUAACAGCCCGGGAAAGAGCAGUGCGGUCAGUAGAGAGGGGAGCACCUCAUCUUCACUGGACCAGGAACUGACCGCAUCAGAGAAACAGGGGAACAGAGAGGAGGCAGACAGAACCUCUCCAUUCAGAUGGAACACAGGUACCAAGGAGCGGAUGCUGAUCAAGGUGACAGACAGAGAACCCAGCUUCCUCUCUCACCAGGGGAACGGUUACUCCCCCUGCGACUCCCCUACCCUCACCCCCGCACCUGGCACCGGCACCGCCUCCCGUACCCGCCGUUCCUCUGGAGGCUCCGCCCCCCAUGACACCGGCCCCGACGGCUCUCCAAUCCUCUACGUCGACCGUCGCCAGUCGCCCUUCCCGAAACGGGCGGAGCUAGGGGGCGGAGGUACCGGGACACACCGUCGCCCCUCGGCCGACUCACAGCCCCCCUCCCCCCGCUACGCCUACGAACCACCCCUCUACGAGGAGCCCCCCUCGGAGUACCAGCCCCCGCCCAUCUACGAGGAACCGCCCACGGACGUGAUGCACCACCUGGGCUCUGACUCCUCCUUGCUGUAUGGCACAGGGAAGUCCCCGGCCCGGGGAAAGCCCUCCUCGGCGACGCCCCUCUAUCACUCUCCCAAACAGAGCCACUCCCCCUACGGCCAGCUGGUGCUGACCAGACAGAAGUGUCCAGAGAAGACCCAGAGUCUGGAGUACAGCCCUGCUGGGAAGGAGUAUGUCAAACAGCUGGUCUACGUGGAACAGUCCUCCUCCAGCCCACGUUCUAAGACAGCCGACCGGCUCCUUCACUACGGGACCUCCACGGCCACCCCAUCCUCCAUGGGGGGGUAUGGGGGCUCCUACGGAGGCUCCUACACCCUCCAACACAGCCAGAGUUUGAUACGGGACCCCCGGCUGCUGCUGGACUACGGGAGCGAGGAGGGGGGCGAGGGCGCAGGCCAGAGGUUGCUCUACGAGGACUCUAUGUCCUGGUGCUCCAGUCAGCACCACUCCCUCUCCCUCUCUGGGUCUACAGGAGGAGGGGGCUUCUCGCCCGGGGGGAACCGCAAACGCAAGACCCGGAAACCCUCCCUGCCCCAGGAGCUGGGGAGGUGUGGAGGGGGUGGUGGUGUUGGGGCAGACUGGGAGGAGGGGCCGAUGUCGGGGACCCUGUCAGAGGCAGUGUUGAACCAGGCCAGGCUGGCAUGGGAGGCCCAGCAAGUGAUGAAACAGAGGAGCAGUUGGGAAUCAGCCCCGGGGGAAGGGGGCUCGGCCAGGGGCUCUAACCAGGGAGGAGGGUCUAAAGACGGGUACGAGAGCGAUGGGGCGGUGCCCCUGCCCCUGCCAGGCCCAGUGGUGAGGGCGUUUAGCGAGGACGAGGCGUUAGCACAGAGCGACGGGCACCACGGACAUUACCACUGGAAACGCAGCACCUUCGACAGACUGGGCUUCCCUCAGGCACUGCUGGAGAAGAGCCUGUCUGUACAGACCAACCUGGCCUCGCCUGAACCCUUCCUACACCCCUCACAGUCGGAGGAUCUUGGAGCAUGUGCUCAGUUCGAGGCGAGUCGGAAUGCUCGGAACAUGAUGCCUAGCGCCAGCUGUGGAGUGUUCCCAGAAUUCACCUUGAGGAAGCCGUCCUCCGAGACCGACAUCGAGAACUGGGCCUCCAAACACUUUAACAAACACACACAGGGUCUGUUCCGGCGUAAGGUGUCCAUAGCCAACAUGCUGGCGUGGAGCAGUGAGCCAAUCAAAAAGCCCAUGAUCGUGACGUCAGACCGUGCGGUGAAGAGAGAGGCGGUGGAGAUCUUUAAACUCAUCCAGACCUACAUGGGUGACCGCCGGGCCAAGACUGACCCGCUCACUGUCGCCCUGGAGACUGGCCCCCUGAACAUCGCCCUAGAGGUGGCAGUGCGUGGUUGGAGCAGCCAGGGUCUUCGUGAUGAACUCUACAUUCAGCUGUGUCGUCAGACUACAGAGAACUUCCGCUAUGAUAGUCUGGAGAGGGGCUGGGAGCUCAUGGCUGUGUGUCUGGCCUUCUUCCCGCCUACACCUCGCUUCCACUCCUACCUGGAGGGAUACAUCUACAGACACAUGGACCCCCUCAACGAUACUAAAGGAGUGGCGAUCAGCGGCUAUGCCAAAUACUGUUACCGUAAACUGCAGAAGGCUGCUCUGACCGGAGCUAAGAAGGGGUUGCAGAAGCCGUGUCUGGAGGAGAUCAAACACGCCAGGAACGCCAUCUUCAGCCCCUCCAUGUUUGGCUCUUCCCUGGAGGAAGUGAUGUCACUGCAGAAGGAGCGUUACCCCGACAGUCAGCUGCCCUGGGUCCAGACACGCCUCUCUGAGGAGGUCCUGGGUCUUAAUGGAGACCAAAUAGAGGGCAUCUUCAGGGUUCCAGGUGACAUAGAUGAGGUCAACGCUCUCAAGCUGCAAGUGGACCAAUGGAAGAUCCCCACAGACCUGGAGGACCCACACAUCCCAGCCUCUCUGUUGAAGUUGUGGUACAGGGAGUUGGAGGAGCCGUUGAUUCCUCAUGAGUUCUAUGAGGAGUGUAUCACUCACUAUGAUGACCCUGAGGCUGCAGUCAACGUAGUGAUGGGCCUUCCUCACAUCAACAAGCUGGUGCUCUGCUACCUCAUACGCUUUCUACAGGUGUUUGGCCAGCCUGCCAACGUGGUGAUCACUAAGAUGGAUGUGAACAACCUGGCCAUGGUGAUGGCCCCUAACUGCCUGCGUUGCCAGUCAGACGACCCACGCAUCAUCUUUGAGAACACGCGUAAAGAGAUGUCCUUCAUCCGCGUGCUCAUCCAGCGCCUCGACACUAGCUUCAUGGACAGACUGCUAUAGCCCCCCAAACCCUGCUCCAUCACCCCAGGCCAACGACACAGGACCCCCAUCGCCCUGCUAUAGCCCCCCAAACCCUGCUCCAUCACCCCAGGCCAACGACACAGGACCCCCAUCGCCCUGCUAUAGCCCCCCAAACCCUGCUCCAUCACCCAGGCCAACGACACAGGACCCCCAUCGCCCUGCUAUAGCCCCCCAAACCCUGCUCCAUCACCCCAGGCCAACGACACAGGACCCGCAUCGCCCUGCUAUAGCCCCCCAAACCCUGCUCCAUCACCCCAGGCCAACGACACAGGACCCCCAUCGCCCUGCUAUAGCCCCCCAAACCCUGCUCAAUCACCCAGGCCAACAACACAGGACACCCAUCGCCCUGCUAUAGCCCCCCAAACCCUGCUCCAUCACCCCAGCCCAACGACACAGGACCCCCAUCGCCCUGCUAUAGCUCCCCAAACCCUGCCUCUGCACCCCAGGCCAACAACACGGGACCCCAACCUCCCUGCUAUAGCCCCCCAAACCCUGCCUCUGCAACCCAGGCCAACGACACGGGACCCCAACCUCCCUGCUAUAGCCCCCCAAACCCUGCCUCUGCAACCCAGGCCAACGACACGGGACCCCAACCUCCCUGCUAUAGCCCCCCAAACUCUGCCUCUGCAACCCAGGCCAGUGACAUGGUAUCCCCCCCCUCCCUACUAUAGCCCCCCCAAACCCUGCUCCUGUACCCCAGGGCAAUGACACAGGACCCCCACCUCCCUGCUAUAGCCCCCCAAACCCUGCUCCUGUACCCCAGACCACCAUCAUCGGACCCCACCCCCCAAACCCUGCUCCUGUACCCCAGGGCAAUGACACAGGACCCCCACCUCCCUGCUAUAGCCCCCCAAACCCUGCUCCUGUACCCCAGACCAACAUCAUCGGACCCCACCCCCCUUCCCUGCUAUAGCCCCCCACUUUUAACUUCUCAACCAGAAACAACCACACAGGACGCCCCCCAACUUCGACUGUACCCCUAAAUCCCCCAAGGCCCCACCUGCCCCGCAGACCCUGCUAUAGCCCCCCAACAAUAACUGUACCUCCGACCAACUAGUUGGGACACCCCCCAACUCCAACUACUGCCCGCUAAACCCAGCUAUAACCUCCCAACUUCAACUACUGCCCACUAAACCCAGCUAUAACCUCCCAACUUCAACUACUGCCCACUAAACCCAGCUAUAACCUCCCAACUUCAACUACUGCCCACUAAACCCAGCUAUAACCUCCCAACUUCAACUACUGCCCACUAAACCCAGCUAUAACCUCCCAACUUCAACUACUGCCCACUAAACCCAGCUAUAACCUCCCAACUUUAACUACUGCCCGCUAAACCCAGCUAUAACCUCCCAACUUCAACUACUGCCCGCUAAACCCAGCUAUAACCUCCCAACUUCAACUACUGCCCACUAAACCCAGCUAUAACCUCCCAACUUCAACUACUGCCCGCUAAAC